AAUUCUUGGGGAAACAAAUUUAAGCGUGCAAUUUAUAGCCACUUGAUAUUCGCCAAUCAUGUUUGGCGCGGCGCGUGAUCAGAUUUGUGAAAACUGUUACGAAGAACGGUCGUUUGGAGCGUGGCAGAAAACAAAACUGGUUGAUGGAUGCAGUCGGCUAUGACUAAGUUAAGCGGUGAGAUGUUCUAGUAUUACAUAUUAGUAUCCAUCAACCUACGCUAGUGAAAAUAAUUUUGUUAAUUGUGUUUAUUGAAGUGAAAGAUUUGAAGUUGUACUAAUUAGCCACGGCAAAGAGAAGACCUUAUCGCUUCACCUAUAACAAAUUAGGAGAAGAACACUACACAUCACAAAUGGCAUACUCAAAGCGCCAUAUCAUUGAUCCGGAAACUGAAGAGAGGUACGAAAGCAGCAUCAAGUCUGGAACUCACGGCGAAGUUUACCAAAAGCAACUGGCGCUAGUACUUUUGCUAAGGUUAACACGAGAAGGAAAGAAUUUCCGCUUAGCUUAUGAGCUGACAUGCGCUGAUAAGUUUGACGACGUAGCGCUGUAUGAUAAAAUAGCCAAACAAUGGACUUUUCUGCAAUCAAAACAUUCCGACGGAAAAGAUUCAAAGAUAGAUCUCAACGGCUUGCUCCCAAAAACGAAUCGGGAGAAAGGAGAUUUUAGUUUGUACAAAUAUUUCAAUUCCUACAUGACAGUUCGGAACAGGUUCAAAGGAAAAACCAACUUCCUGUUGUUCACCAACAAAAAACUGGACGAAAAGUUAAAGACCGCAGAAGAUUGCUUGGUGAUCAAGGAUCGAUAUGUAGAUGAAUAUCUUCGCUUUACAUCCGAAGGUGCUACGCAAAAAUCACUCAUACCGACAGAAUCUACAAUACAAUCAAUCAUGGAAUACACUAACAAGGAUUUCUAUUCCCUGAAAGACGCUCUCAAACAACUAUUCACUAAAGGAAUCAUUACAGAUCAGCUGCUAAAGUACAAAGAAUGUUUAAAAGAUGUUUUGAAAGAAUCGGAUAACUGCCAAAUAAGAUUCAAAGAUACCUUCAACGAAUCACUGAUUUUCAUGUCUGAAUUGUACAAAAGGCUUCAGUCAGAACUACACAAUUUAAAUCCUAUUGUUAUACCACCAGAACUCAACUUCGAAGAAACAAAACAUGAUUCUCCAAAUACGCUAUCAGUGGAAGGCAAGGACAUCAAGCACCUGGCUGAAGACAUCGUGAAACUUUUCCGUAGCGGAAUUAUAUCCGAUUAUUUAAAAAAGUACGAACAUCUUCUAGCUUUGAUCCUGACAACGACUGCAAAUGGUCUGCUAGCAAUCAAAGACACAUUCCAUAGUGAUAUCGUUUGUAAAGCUGAAUUGUAUAACAUGUUGAAGGAUGAACUCAGUGGCAUGAAUGAAGUGGUUACAACGAAGCAAAAACUAUUCGAUGGAAAGGAUUCGCGGCACAAACAUCAUUUGGUAUUACUUUAUGCGGAGUCGUCUGAUGUGAGAGAGUUUUUUGAGCUACUCACAUUGUCAGUGCAUCAACCGGAUGAGUUGGAACCCUUCAUUAUCGAAGAAUUGAACUCAUGGAUGAGAAUGUGGUUGCGACCUGAUGUUUUUGGUAAGCUUACACAAUACGAUGAUAAAAAUGCGGUGAAAGAUUUGAAUGAUCAUUUUGAAGCAACGCUGAAACGUCAACAAGGUAAUUCCAAACCAUACCUGAAAAAACAUUUUGUCACACAGUAUUACAACAAGUUACAGUCAAAAAUUGUAGAUUCGUCUCCGAAAUUGAAUGAUGCGAAUCGGUUAUAUAUUAAUAGAGUGCUUAUAUUUGAAAAAGAUGACAUCGACACACUGGAGUAUUUAAAAGAUUCAAAAUUCAAUGGAAACAAACAAUCUGAGUUAGAUCUUAGUUCAGGAAGAUUGGUUUCACUUGAUUAUGAUAGUUCGGAAAAUAAUUGUAAAAUGUUUGAUAGAGUUUCACUUCCUGACCGAACAAACGAGAAAAUUACCGAUAUUCAGUUUGCAGAGAAUCUGAAGUUGAGAUUUGAACAUUAUCAGUGUUUAGUUUUGACGGCGGAUCCUGGAAUAGGCAAAACAGAACUUCUUCAAUACGUUGCCCUUGAACAUCAAAAGCUGAAAUCAGGUGCAGUAUUCUUGAUUUACUUGAACAGAAUACAAGAUUCUAAGGAAAUGUUAGUAAAUAAAUUAUCAUUGGAUGUUCUCAAUUCUGGAUUAUCUGACAAGAAUGUCGACCUGAUACGUAACGUUUUGAACAAUAGGUCUGAUGAUCGCAUUACAAUUCUAUUUGAUGGGUAUGAUGAAAUUCAUGAGAGAAAUAGAAAUAGAAUAAACAAUCUAUUUGAACUAUUAUUAAAAUCGAAACGUAUUCAACUUGUUAUAAGUGUUCGAAAUCAUGAGAAAAAAUCAUUAAAGAGCUUUUUCAAGAAACACAAGUUUCAUGUCGGAUAUUUUACACUAGAACCGUUUAACAGUAAAAAUAUUAUUGACUACCUUGCCAAAUCUUGGAAAGCAAACAAUGAAUGUGAUUCCAAUUCCAAAUUCAAUUCAUACUCGAAGUUCUUGGUAGACAAAUUUUAUAGCUUGUGCAGAGUUCCAUUGAUAGUUAAAAUGAUGGCGGAAGUUUACAAACAACGGUUUGAGCAAUUCAAAGAAACUAGUAUGAUCGACAAAGAGAGUGAAACAAACUUUUUGGAAAAAGAGUUUUUAGAAAUUGAGCAUAUUUAUGAGAUUUUUAUAGAAAAAUGUUUAUAUGUUAAGAUCGAAGAUGCAUGCAAUGGAAUUGGAAAAGUUGAUCCAAACAAACAAAUUUUUGAAGGGUUUUAUCUUGACCAUCAACUACUGGCAAUAGAAUUUCUGGACGUUGCCGAGCUUAAAUUUGUUUUCAAAAAUCCAAAAUACUCGAAAAAACGUGACUAUAUUAAGGAAAAUCAUCAACAUCAGUUCGAUAAAUCCAUUCUACUGAAUUUUGUUAACGAUAAAGUUUUGUUUUCUCAUCACUCAUACGCUGAGUAUUUUGUUGCAACCUUUCUAUGGAACGAUUUCGUUUACUUAAAAAACAUUGUCAAAAAUGUUUUGUCUUACUUUACGGGGGUGAGAAAGUUUUUUAUAAAAAUAAUUGAAAAUAAUUUCAAGUUGUUUGUGUCAGAAAUCGCCCAAGAGACGUCAUUUGUUUCAAAGGAUGUUGUUUUCUGGGCUUGUGAAAGUAAUGCUGUAGAGUUGUUGAAAUAUGUGCUUUCAAAAAUAUUUCUGUUUAGGCCACGGGAGGCCAAAAUGCUCCACGUUGCCAUCGAAAGUGGCAGUGACAAAAUUUGUUCCUAUUUGAUCGAUGAAUGUAAAGUUCAUCCAGAUGUUAGGUAUGAUAAUGGAAUAGCUUCUCUUCAUUCAGCCGUAAUAUAUGGACAUAGAAGUUUAGUUCAGUUACUUCUACGAAAAGGUGCUGACAUUAACAUUCGCAACACAGAGGGAUGGUCAGCUCUGCAUUACGCAGUUCAUCACAAACAAACUGCUAUUACCGCACUUUUGAUCGACAAAGGCAUUGACGUGAACUCCUUAAACAACAACAAAUGGAAUGCACUUCAUAUUUCCUGUAAUAAUGGUGAUGCCGAUAUGACAAAAAUGUUAAUACAGAGAGGUGCACAGCUCGAUAUACAGACAAACGAGGGCAAAACUGCUCUACACCUAGCUGCGGCACAAGGGCAUAAAGAAGUUGUAAUAGUUUUAAUUGAUCAUUUGAACAAAAAAAUUCCUUUGAGCAAUAUAAUCGGCAUUCCAUUUCAGAUAGCUGUUCGUUACGGCCAUAAUUCAGUAAAAGAAAUGCUAAUCAGCAAAUUUCCCAAACUUGCUGACUUUGCAACAAGUGUAGUUGAUCCUCUGAUCCACGUUGCAGCUCAGGAAGGAAUGGUUCAAAAAAUAAAAAGAUUGGUAAACGAUGGCGCAAAUGUUAAUGCACUGAAUAAAUCAGGACACACAGCUUUACACCUUAGUGCAUCGGCAGGUCACCGCCUUGUUGUUGAGCUGCUGCUUGAUAAAGGUGCAAACAUAAACGCUGUUGAUGGAGAUAAUGUAACUCCGCUCUAUUUGGCAUGCCAAAAUGGGCACAAAGACGUAGUGAACACUUUGAUUAGAAGAAGUGCCUACGUUGACAUUUCCACUCACAAUAAAUGGACAGCUCUUCAUGUGAGUGCCUCCAAAGGUCACUCCGUUAUUGUAGAAUUACUUCUUGAUAAAGGUGCCAACGUAAACGCUGUUGAAAUAAAGAAAAUGACGCCGCUUUAUUGUGCAUGCCUAAAUGGUCAUAAAGAAGUUGUGGAGACGUUGCUCAGAAGAGGAGCCAACAUGAACGCAUUGACUCAAAAGAAAUGGACAGCACUUCAUGUGAGUGCUUCCAAAGGUCAUUUCGUUAUUGUGGAUUUACUGCUCAAGAAAGGUGCAAACGUAGACGCAGUUUUUAAAACUGAUAUUACGCCACUUUAUUUGGCUUGCCAGAAAGGCCACAGAGACGUUGUGGAAAUAUUAAUCAGAAGAGGUGCCAACAUUGACGCAUUGACUCACAAUAGAAGGACAGCACUCCACGAAAGUUCUGCCGAAGGUCACAGCGAUAUUGUUGAUUUACUGCUUGAUAAAGGUGCAAACGUCAACGUAGUUGAAAUAGAUACACCGCUUCAUUCGGCAUGCCAGAAUGGUCACAAAGAUGUAGUAAAAAUUUUGAUUAGAAGAGGUGCCAACAUUGGCGCAUUGAGUCGUAAGAAAUGGACAGCUCUUCAUGUAAGUGCUUCUAAAGGUUACGACGAUAUUGUAAAUAUACUACUUGAUAAAGGUGCAAACAUAAAUGCUGUUGAAAUAGAUAAAUGGACGCCGCUUCAUUGGGCAUGCCAGAACGGCCAUAAAAAAGUUGUGGAGGCAUUGCUUAGAAAAGGUGCCAAUUUCGACGCAUUGACCAACAAUAAAAGGACAGCACUUCAUGUAAGUGCUUCCAAGGGUCAACGCGUUAUUAUAGAUUUUCUACUUGAUAGAGGCGCAAAAGUAAGCGCUGUUGAUGUAGAAAACAAAACUCCGUAUCAUUUGGCAUGCGAGAAUGGUCAUAGAGAGGUAGUAGAAGCAUUGCUCAAAAGAGGAGCCAACAUUAACGCUUUGACUAACAGUAAACGGACAGCUCUUCAUUUAAGUGCUUCCAAAGGUUACUGCGAUAUUGUUGUUUUUCUGCUAGAGAAAGGUGCAAACGCUAAUGCUGUUGAUGAUGAUAAUGUGACGCCACUUCAUUUGGCAAGUCAGAAUGGCCAUAAAAAUAUAGUGAAGGCAUUGAUUAAAAAAGGCGCAAGUGUUAACGAAAUGUUUCUUAAUAAAUUUACCACUCUUCAUAGAAAUGAUCCUAUGCGAAUCUACGUCAAUUUAGAUUCACAAAUAGGAGAAGCUGCAAAUAAGGAAGCUUUUAAAAUAGCUAAAUGGACACCGCUUCAUUGGGCAUGUAAGAAAGGCCAUAAAGAUGUUGUGGAGAUAUUGCUCCGAAGGGGAGCAAACAUUGAAGCUUUGGAUUACUAUAACUGGACAGCUCUUCAUCUAAGUGCUUCAAAUGGUCACUGCGAUAUUGUAGAUUUACUACUUGAUAAAGGUGCAAACGUAAACGCUUUUGAUUACGAAAAAUGGACGCCGCUUCAUUUGGCAUGUCAAAACGAUCAUACAGAGGUUGUGGAGGCAUUGAUUAGAAAAGGCGCCAAUAUUAACACAUUGACUCACGGUAAUCGGACAGGUCUUCAUAUAAGUGCUUCUAAAGGUCAUUGCGAUAUUGUAAAUUUACUAGUCGAUAACAGUGCAAACGUGAAUGCUUUUGAUAUAGAAAAAUGGACGCCGCUUCACUGGGCUUGCAAGAAAGGCAAUAGAGACGUUGUAAACUUGUUGUUCGAAGGUGGAGCCAACAUUGAAGCAUUGACUGACUAUAACUGGGCCCCUCUUCAUCUUAGUGCUUCAAAUGGUCACUGCGGUAUUGUAGAUUUUCUACUCGAUAAAGGCGCAAACGUAAACGCUUUCGAUAUAGAAAAAUGGACACCGCUUCAUUGGGCAUGUGCAAAAGGUCAUAAAGAGGUUGUGGAUGUAUUGAUCGAAAGAGGAGCCAACAUUAACGCAUUGACCCACAGUAAACGGACAGCUCUUCAUGUAAGUGCUUCCAAAGGUUACUGUGAUAUUGUUGCUUUUCUGUUAGAGAGAGGUGCAAACGUUAAUGCUAUUGAUGAAGAUAAUGUGUCGCCACUCUAUUUGGCAUGCCAGAGUGAUCAUAAAGAUGUAGUGAAGGCAUUGAUUGAAAGAGGUGCAAGUUUCAAUGAAAUGCAUCACAAUAAACUUAUUGCUCUUCAUGGAAGCGAUUCCAAGCGUAACUGCGUCAAUUUAGAUUCACUACUUGGUAAAGAUGCAAAUAUGAAGGCUUUUGAAAUAGAUAAAUGGACACCGCUUCACUGGGCAUGCAGGAAAGGCCAUAAAGAUGUGGUGGAAAUAUUAAUACAAAGAGGCGCCAACAUUGAGGCAUUGACUGGUUAUAACAGGGCCGCUCUUCAUCUAAGUGCAUCAAAUGGUCACUGCGAUAUUGUAGAUUUACUACUUGAUAACGGUGCAAACGUAAACGUUGUUGAUACAGAAAAGAAGACGCCGCAUCAUUUGGCAUGUCAAAAUGGUCAUAAAGAUGUUGUGGAGGUAUUGAUCAGAGGAGGUGCCAACAUAGAAGCAUUGACUCACAGCAAACAGACAGCUCUUCAUGUGAGUGCUUCCAAAGGUCACUGCAAUAUUGUUGUUUUUCUGUUGGAGAAAGGUGCAAACAUAAAUGCUGUUGAUGAAGAUAACGUGACGCCACUCUAUUUGGCAUGCCAGAGUGGUCACAAGAAUGUGAUGCAGGCAUUAAUUGAAAAAGGUGCCAGUCUUAACGUAGUGCAUCACAACAAACUUACUGAUUUUUAUAGAAGCGAUUCUAAGCGUAAUUGCAUCAAUUCAGAUAUACUAUUUGGUGAAGCUUCAAGCAUGAAGGAUUUUUAUAUAGAACAAUGGACACCGCUUCAAUGGGCUUGCAAAAAUGGCCAUAAAAAUGUUGUGGAGUUUUUGAUCGGAAGAGAAGCCAACAAUGAGUCCUUGAAUGACUAUAACUUGACAGCUCUUCAUCUAAGUGCCUCAAAUGGUCACUGCGGUAUUGUAGAUUUAUUACUCGAUAAAGGUGCGAACGUAGAUGCCUUUGAUGUGGAAAAAUGGACACCACUUCACUGGGCAUGCGAAAAUGGUCAUAAAGAAGUUGUGGAGACAUUGGUCAAAAAAAGAGCCAACAUUAAUGCAUUGAGCCACAGUAAGCGGACAGCCCUUCACAUAAGUGCUUCAAAAGGUUACCGCGAUAUUGUCGCUCUUCUGUUAGAGAAAGGUGCAAACGUAAACGCUGUUGAUGAAAAUAAUGUGUCGCCACUUUAUUUGGCGUGCCAGAGUGGUCACAAAGAUGUUGUAAAAGAAUUGAUUGAAAAAGGUUCCAGUAUUGACGAAAUGCAUCACAACAAAUUAACUGCUCUUCAUGGAAGCGGUUCCAAGCGUAACUGCGUCAAUUUUGAUUUACUCCUUGGAGAUAGUGCAAAUAUUAAUGCUUUUGAAAUAGAUAAAUGGACACCGCUUCACUGGGCAUGCAAUAAAGGCCAUGCAGAUGUUGUGGAGAUAUUGAUCGAAAAAGGAGCCAACAUUGAGGCUUUGGCUGAUUGUAACAGGGUCGCUCUUCAUCUAAGUGCCUCAAAUGGUCAUUGCGAUAUUGUAGAUUUACUGCUUGAUAAUGGUGCAAAUGUAAACGCUGUUGAUACUGGAAAGUGCUCACCGCAUCAUUUGGCAUGUCAAAAUGGUCAUAGUGUAAUUGUAGAAACAUUGAUCAGAAGAGGUGCCAACAUAGAAGCAUUGACCCACAGUAAAUGGACAGCUCUUCAUAUAAGUGCUUCCAAAGGUUACUGCGAUAUUGUUGCUUUUCUGCUAGAAAAAGGUGCAAACGUAAACGCUGUUGAUGAAUAUAAUGUGACACCACUAUUUUUGGCAUGCCGAAAUGGUCACAAAGAUGUAGUGGAGACAUUGAUUGGAAGAGGUGCCAUCAUUGAAGCCCUGACUAACGACAGCUCUCCAUGUAAGUGCUGAAAAAGACCACUGCGAUGUUGUGGAUUUACUUCUUGAUAAAGGAUCCAAUUUCGAUUAUGUUGAAUACAGUUCGGCAUUUGAGAACGGCACCUAUUGCCGUUGUUGGUAUUGUUGGUUUUCAUGCAAAGGGGGAAAGAUGGAGUCUGAAAUCGCUGAUUUUAGCGUUACGUAAUUUGUGUACCAUGCCAUUCAGGUCGGCUCACAAGGCCUAUUCGCGACUCGAAGUUGCAGAAUGUGCGUGAAGGUUUACGUGAGAAAAAACGAGAGGGAAAUAUUUUUUGCUUUCUUUUUCUCGCACAUUCUGACAGUUCCUUACGAGGUUUUUCAUUAGUGCGACAAAGAAUUGGAAUCUCUUUUAACUUCGUAGUCGCGAAUAGGAAAGCUCUCCGGUCUGCUGACCGAUUGCUUGAAAUUUUCCAUAUAGGACAUUUUCCACGAAAUUUCCUUCUCGGGAAGAGUGGACAUCUGGUUAUCUGAAAAGAAGUAUUUCAGACGGCAUCGUAUGUCCCUUCUCAAAGGUCGAGCUGGAGCUGGUGUCUAUGAGCCAUUUUACGAAGUGACAACAAUGUGGAUGAUGAUAGGGUAUGUGCUCCAUCAUUAAUCUCACACUCCCAUAUUCAUCCUAUUCGAAAACAAGCGAUUACGACACUGAUU